AUGCGCAUUGCAGGCACGCGUGGUAUUCCUGCUGGCCCACUGGCCAGGCUGCAGAGUGCAUGGCCAACAGAGCCUGCCACGAGCGGCGAAGGACACCCUGGGUGGCAUACAGCCCAGGGACCGCAAACACAUGAGGUUUGCGGAAUGGGGCACCUGCGCCUACCUCCGGAAGUCAAGUGGUAG